CACGAAGACGUCACCACGCACGGAGGAAGGCCUUGUCGGUGACGUCAUCACGCACGAGGCGUUUCUCCACCGCGGGCCUUGCCGCUGCAAGCUGCGUAGGCCGUGGUGGUGGAGGAAUUUUUAUUUAAAUCUUUACGCUUUUAAUAAACAUUUAAGGACCUCGACAAACAACCAAACAACGACAAAACAAAGGAGGAGGUUGUAGUUUGACGUUGCGAUGGAGGCAAAAUCGUUCACGAGAGAGCUUGAUCAGUGGAUCGAGCAGCUGUAUCAAUGUAAGCAGCUUGGCGAGGUGCAAGUGAGGGCUCUGUGUGAAAAGGCCAAGGAGAUCCUGACCAAGGAGAGUAACGUCCAGGAUGUCCGCUGUCCCGUCACCGUCUGCGGCGAUGUCCACGGCCAAUUCCACGACCUCAUGGAGCUCUUCAAGAUUGGCGGACGGAGCCCAGACACCAACUACCUGUUCAUGGGAGACUACGUAGAUCGUGGCUACUACUCAGUGGAGACUGUGUCACUACUGGUGGCACUGAAGGUGAGGUACCCAGAGAGGAUCACGAUCCUGCGGGGUAACCACGAGUCUCGUCAGAUCACCCAGGUGUACGGCUUCUACGAUGAGUGCCUGAGGAAGUACGGCAACGCCAACGUGUGGAAGUUCUUCACCGACCUCUUCGAUUACCUCCCUCUCACCGCACUCGUGGACGGCCAGAUUUUCUGUCUGCAUGGGGGUUUGUCUCCAUCCAUUGAUACGCUGGAUCACAUCCGUGCCCUGGAUCGUCUGCAAGAGGUCCCUCACGAGGGUCCCAUGUGUGACCUGCUGUGGUCUGACCCUGACGACCGUGGUGGCUGGGGCAUCUCUCCGCGCGGUGCUGGCUACACCUUCGGCCAGGACAUCUCAGAGACUUUCAACCACAGCAACAGCCUCACGCUUGUCUCACGGGCACACCAGCUCGUCAUGGAGGGCUACAACUGGUGUCACGACCGUAACGUGGUCACCAUUUUCAGCGCUCCCAACUACUGCUACCGCUGUGGCAACCAGGCCGCCAUCAUGGAGCUGGACGAUACCCUCAAGUACUCAUUUCUGCAGUUCGAUCCGGCUCCAAGGCGUGGAGAGCCCCAUGUGACACGCCGCACCCCCGACUACUUCCUGUGAUUACAUCACUUCCUGCCCCAUCCCUUCCCCCGCUCUUUGUGACAUCACUUCCUGCCCCAUCCCUUCCCCUGCCUUUUGUGACAUCACUUCCUGCCCCAAGUCUGGCCGACCCUCACCCCUAUGAUGUCACUUCCUGCCCCACCCCCGAUGCCCCCCACAUUUUGUGACAUCACUUCCCCUCCCCUUACUCGCAAACGCGAAGUCGCUCCCCCUUCUGUGAUGUCACUUUCUGCCCCUACUAAACCCCUCCUCCACCGUUGUGAUGUCACUUCCUGUCCUUCCCUCUCCCCACUCUCCCCUCUCCCUACUCUGCCCUCUCCCCACUCUCCCCGCUGUCCCCGCUCUCCCCCCUCUCCCCACUCUUCCCUCUCCCCACUCCCCACUCCUCCCUCUUCCCUCCCCUCUUGGUAUCUUGUUGGCACUCCCAGGCACCUUAAUUAUUCGUGACUGAUCCCCUCACCCCUCCCCCCAGGGUAGCCCCUCCUGACGAGCCCCUCUCUCCCCCCCCCCCCGGGGAUAGCC